UCCCCCCAUGCCUCGCUCACAUGCUGCACGCACUUGCACAGCAUGCAAACGAGGUAAACGACGAUGCGAGCUCCCAACAAGCUCACAGCGUCUCGAGGGUGGUGUCCCCCUCGCUCCCAGUGACGCCUGUGCUCGAUGCCGUCGUUUGAAAUCAGUCUGCGUACUCGAUGGCACCUAUCGAUAUGCCCACCUACACACCCUCACUCCUUCCUCGGCAUCCGCAGCAGGUGACGACGGGUCUCCAAACGGCAAAUCUCACAACUCGUUAAUGUCUCAUCCCCGCAAUCUCGAGGAAUAUGAAGGCUACUUCCCCCGCUUCCUCCCCCUCAGUCUCAUGCGCGAGUUCCACCGACAGGCCCUCGAAUCAUAUCAGCCUCCCCCCAUUCGUGACCCUCCUCCCGAGUCCAUUCUCGAUGAACUCGUAUCCGAUGAGUUGGCACAGGAAGCAGCGAUAUGGUGCUCUGAGCGCGUCCCCUUGUGGGUCCCAUUCACUCCGCCCAUCAUGGAGCUACGACGACUCCGCCAGAGCGCAGGGGGUGCAUCUCCCUCGUUACUCUACCUGGAAGCGGUCCAAUACCUUGCCGCGGCAGAGUUUAGUGUCAUUCCGCACCAACUGUCCGAUCCCCUGUACACCCUUGUGCGCUCAUGCCGCGCCGACCUCUUCCUGAAACCCACCGACAUCCACGCACCCCAAGUCUUGCUCUUUGCAGCGACGUUUGUGGGCUUGAACGAAUCCGUCUCCGACAGCCUCAAUCCCCCGGCCGCGGAGAUGGCCGCCUUGGCCCUCCGCUCGUCCAAGACGGUAGGGUUGCAAGGGCGAAUCUCACGCGUCCUCGCCGCUACGCACGUUGCGGUGGGCUAUCUCGGCGACGACGACAACUAUUUUGCCAGGUAUUCCAGUCUCGAGCUCCCUACAAUGGCUGAGCUAGUGGCGCUUCAGGUGCAGGUGGAGGGCGCCAAAUUGACGCCAACCCAACAAACGGGCUGUUUGGCUGUCGUCCUACGCUGCCGAGCAUGGAUACACUUCACAAGGUGUAUUACGCAGUGCGCCGAAGCAGAACGCGACGAGGAACCCACGCGCCUCGCGUCUGUCGACGAUGCCCGGUCGAAAUGGAGGGAUGCCUGCUUGGCACUCGACGCCGAACGCACAGCCUUGCUGGAGCACACUCCAUCCAUUCUUGCCUGGCUCGAGUUGGAAAAUGCGGCGCUUGACCAGGUGUUGUCCGGUAUCGCUUUACAGGUCACUCUAGGCUGGGGCUUUACCCCAGACUUUUUCCACGAUGUCAUCAAGAGGACGGCGGGCUCGGCCAAUCUACAGGCCUUCAUCGCCAUUCAUGGACCGACAUUAGCCGAGACAGCAGAAUGUGCGCUAGCCUCGACGUCCAACCUUCCUCGCGGCGAGCUAUACCCCACGGCUCUGACGUGUACGUAUGGAGUGCGCGCCUUCCUCACCGGCCUCGAAGUGCACGCCGGUUGCCUCAAAUUCUGGGGAGUGGGGCCACCCCGCGAGGUUGUGUGGAGGUCGGUGAUGCGCGGCGCAGCGGAGACGAUCCGCCAACUCAAGGGGGGCGGCAUGGUGGUACGCAUCUCGAAUGCCGUAGCGGCUGCCGUGCGCGAAACAAUCCCGCGAUGGAAGGCGCAGGUCGUGAAUCGCACUCAGCACGCACCGAGACGCGCAAGUCCCCCGUCCGACGUAAAGAUGGAUGGGUCGACAUAUGGCUCCAACCACAAUAGCGACGGCUCGGACCAGGCGACGGUCGCGUCGUUUGCCGAGUGGAUCGCAGGUAUCGACUGGCACCAGUCCAGCAACGACGUCGCCACGCCCAUGUCGUUUGGAAGUGGCAGCUCCACGGGGUAUUGAGAGGGAGGGAGAAGGAGGUUGAUGUCGGGGAUACGCCGUUUCGCCAGAUUAACGGAGACCGGGGCGACAUGGAGGAGACGAGGGAGGACGUAGCUUAGCAGUGUAUAUUUACGCGUAAUCUGUGCAGCAC